AUGGAGUGGGUUACCAGAUUAUUUCCAGGCGUUCUUUUGAUAGUUUCUUCAACAGAUUCCUUUAGAACUGCCUCCAAUGUAGCCUUGAACAAGCCUGCCUGGCAGUACACAAAGGAUCCUGGAGCUGGUUUCUGGUCCGCAAGUAACGCGGUGGACGGUGACAAAACAUGUAGUCCUGUGGACAGUCAUCAUUUCACCUUAUCCGGGUGUGGAAACCCUCCUUGGUGGCAGGUGGAUCUUGGAGCUGUUUACAACAUAAGCAGGAUAAAAGUCUACGGCCGAAGGGACAAUGUUUCAAGAAAUUAUUGGCAAGGAACACCGUUUAAUGUUUCUGUUGGAAAUAGCAGUUCCUCUCUUCGAUCGAUUUACACCGGAAAUCCAAAUGAAGGAGACUAUAUAUAUUUUAUUCGGAUAGACCCACCCGACUCAGUGCAAAUUAUAGAUAUAAGAAAAAUGGACAGAACAUACAUGACCAUAUGUGAAGUCAAAGUGUUUGAUCAAGUUUGCAGACGAGGAUACUUUGGCUACGGGUGUCUCCAUGAAAAUCAUUGUGAAGGUGACUACGAUAUGGCAACAGGACACUGUCCAAUAUGUCAAAAAGGAUGGCAGAAGGAGGCAUGUCAGCAACCCUGUGCUGCCGGCGAGUUUGGCUCAAACUGUUCAUCACACUGUGGCUACUGUCAUGACGGCAACACAACGUGCGACUCAUACAACGGGCAUUGUCAAGCCGGAUGUGCCGCUGGAUACAAAGGGGAAUUCUGCAAAACCAAAUGUUCCCCCGGAGAGUAUGGACCAGGAUGUACGUCACAUUGCGGUCAGUGUAGUGGCGAGAACACAACGUGCAAUGUCCACAGCGGCCAUUGUCCGAGCGGAUGUGCACCCGGAUACAAAGGAGAUUUUUGCUCAACUCCUAUCAAUGUGGCAUUGUCUAAACCUACCCUGCAGUACACAGUUUCUAAUUCUAAAACCGAAAUAUGGCCCUCAAGUAACGCGGUGGACGGAGACAAAACAUGUAGUCCUGUAGACUCCUCUCAUUUCACCUUAUCCGAGUAUGGUGACCCUCCGUGGUGGCAGGUGGAUCUUGGAGCAGUUCACAACAUUAGCAGGAUAAGAGUUUACGGACGAAAGGACAAUGUUACAAAACAAUUGGAGGGAUUUACUGUACAUCUAUCAACAUCUAACAUCCUGAAUAAUAAUGGGAACAUACUUCCGCUUACAACACUACCAUAUCCUGCUAAUGGAACAUUUGAUUUUAACCUAUCAACGCCAAUAGAAGCACGUUUCUGUCGAUUGAGCCUUCCUAAACCACACUCAGUCGAUCUUCCAACUUAUCCAAUUCUUCUUUGUGAGGUGGAAAUAUUUGAGCUUAUACAAGGAAGAGACAAUAAUAUUAUCAUACCAGGCCACACAAUUGUAACGCCUUCAAUAUCAAGCCAGUAUAACGCGUGUGACGCAUCGAAGUCCAUUGACGGGAGCAUUCUUCAUGAUUUGUCCAGUGAUGACUUUGUAUUGUGUCAACGAUGUAGCGUAGCCUUGGGUGUGAAACAUCCAUGGCUACAACUUGAUCUUUCAGAAGUUACUGCAGUUGGUUACAUACGACUUUAUGGGAGGGAUAAUGGAAUACGGACAGGACAAAGUUCCAACCUCACUAUCUUCGCCAACAAUAUAUCGAUCACUGAUGCAGCUAAUCUUAGCGACUGGACAGAAUUAGGAGAUAUUAUUAAGUCUGAUAAUAUCAAUGGAGUAGUACUGGAUCUUAAGUCGCAAAGACUUUUUAGGUAUCUUACCAUUACUACCAAAUACGCCUCAACAGUAAUGACGAUAUGUGAAGUGAAACUUUACACCAGAGAUUGUUCUGAUGGACACUUUGGAGAAAAAUGCUCAGACCAAUGUCAUUGUAAACAUGACCCACGUUGUAAUGGUGUUACUGGUGAAUGUUCACCACCCGGUUGUGCUGCAGGAUGGACAGGAGAAGCCUGUAACAUAUUAUGCAGCCCUGGUAAAUAUGGGGAGAACUGCAAAAAUCGAUGUUACUGCUAUGCGAAUAAAGAAUGUAAAAAGGAUACAGGUUUUUGCCCAAAUGAACGGUGUGCCCGUGGAUGGCAAUCACCUAGUUGUAACAUACCGGAACAUUCGGACAAAGUUGCAACGGAACCUGCCACUGCAAUAGUUAUACGUGUGAUGUGUUCAAUGGAUACUGUCCAGAUGGUGUAUGUGCCUCAGGGUGGAUAG